AUGACAACGCGUUUUCGCGUCCUGAAGCGCGCCAAACGACCCGACCUAGCCCGCGGCCGCUGCAGGAAUCGCGACGUCACGGAUAUCCAUCGGCAACGUGAAUCAUGCACGACUCCACCGAUGGACCCCAACGGCAGCCUUUAUACCGUCUGUGAGGAUGAGGGAAAAUGGAGGGGGGGAGAAGCCCUGCGAUGUUACAAUCAGUCGUCCAAGUGCCUGAGGCCCUUCACGAUCCCGCACCCCAAUACACCUUUAGCUGCUUUUCUGGCUCUGACCCAUUAG